AUGCCACUCACAACUGAUGCUGCUGCUCGACCUGAUGAACAGCCAAAGAAGGACGUCGUCACAACUGAAGUUGUUCCAGACCUUGAGAAAGAUGAGGAGAUCACAAUCGAGGAAAUCACUGUUGACGGUGACAAGAAGAAGGUGAUCAAACGAACUAAAAAGCCCAAGCAGCCCAAGGGUGAAGAUGUUGAAUUGCCACUGACAACUGAUGCUGCUGCUCGACCUGAUGAACAGCCAAAGGAAGAAAUAGUGACAAUUGAAGAUGUUCCAGAUUUUAACAACAACCAAUUUGAGUAUAUCACACCUGAUCAGUAUGAAGUUACUCAACAACUGUUUACGCAUCAACAAGUACAAGUGAAUAUUGUUCUUGAAAAUGAGUUGACCAUCAUUGAACCACUUGUUUAUGAAAAUGUUAAAGAAUUUGUGCCCAAAGUAAAUUUUACUUCUGCCAAUUUGGUUGUCCAAACCGGCGUUGAAAAAAGUGCUGAUAUUGGUGAAAACAUUUGUUAUGGUCAAACAAAAGAAGUGGAUUUCAAAAUCAUGUUUGAAAAACCAAAUGUGCAUAUUGAAACAAAUGAUUGCAUUGACAUCGUUGACAACUCAGUGGUUUUUAACUCAAUUGAAAAAUUUGUCAAAGAAGUGACAGAAUACUCAAUUAUAAAUGAACAGCCACUAACUAAGUUUGAAAGUGGAAUCAAAGUUGUUGAAAUUCAACCAAAAGAGAAUGAAAUAAUAGUUGUAACUGAAUACGUACCAGUUGAAUCGUCAGAAGAUAUUGAUCUAAAAGUUGUUGAGCCAGAAGUUGUUGUGACAGAUGAUGUUGAGCAAGAUAUUGUUCAGUACGACGUUGAUAAACAAAAAGUUGCUGAUGAAAAUCAAACCGAUGAAGUUCUUCUAACCAAAGAAAAAAUUGACGAAAUAAAAAAUGAUAAAGAUGAAUGCCAAAUUGAAGAUGUUUCUAAUGAGGAUAUUCAUGAAGAAUUUGGAGAAAUAACAGAACCAAUUAUUAGCUUAUUUAGAGAUGAAAAAAUAAUUAAAAUAAACAUUGAAAAUGAUGAAAUUCAAAUAACAGAAUUUAAAAGUGACAAUGAAGAACUAUUUGAAGAAGAAAAAGAUUUGCGCAUGCAAGUAGACACAAGUGAAAUCGAAGAAGAAAAAGAAACACAACGUCUUUCUGAAAUAUUGGGAAGUGAAAUUGAGUGCACCAACCAAAUUAAAGUAGUGAAAACAGCUCCUGAAUCCGUGACCCCACUUGAAAUUGAAACUGUUAAAAAAGUAAAAAAGAUCAAGCGCAAGGAAUCAAAGCCAGAGUUGAUAAUUCCUGAAACAAAGGAGGUCGAGGAACAAGUAGACGUUCAAGUUUCAGUUGAGACACAAGAAGUUGUGAGUGGUGAAAUUGAUCUAAACAAACCAACUGAGGUUUCACCAGAAGAGGUGGACAAAGCUCCUGAAUCCGUGACCCCACUUGAAAUUAAAACUGUUACAAAAGUAAAAAAGAUCAAGCGCAAGGAAUCAAAGCCAGAGUUUAUAAUUCCUGAAACAAAGGAGGUCGAGGAACAAGUAGACGUUCAAGUUUCAGUUGAGACACAGGAAGUUGUGAGUGGUGAAAUUGAUCUAAACAAACCAACUGAGGUUUCACCAGAAGAGGUGGACAAAGCUCCUGAAUCCGUGACCCCACUUGAAAUUAAAACUGUUACAAAAGUAAAAAAGAUCAAGCGCAAGGAAUCAAAGCCCGAACUGAUAACUCCUGAAACUAAGGAAGUCGAGGAUCAAGUCGACGUCCAAAUUUCAAUUGAGACACAGGAAGUU